AGCCGCCUCUAAACGCAUCAUGAGCAGGCGGAGCUGAGCAACAAACCAACCCCGCUGUGGUGAUCAGAGACGCUUUAGAAAAUAUUGUGCGAGUAUAUUUGGUGUGAUUCAGAUCUGAGCAGCGCUUCUGUAUGUUCAGCAAACCAGACAAGAGGCUAAAGACUUUCCACAGUGGGUUUUUUUUUCCCCCCAGACAAACCGUAAAGAGCAGGGUGAGAGAGGAGACAGUGGACCAGAGGCCAACAGGGAUGAUUAUGCAGCAUCACAGAUCGCUCAGCCUCGCAGCGACACGCAGCUGGAAACUGGCCCCAGCUCGAGAGCGGUUCGUGCACCAUGUGAGGUCACACACCGGGGUCAGGGAGUUCAAGAGCAUGGAUGAGCUGCCUGGUCCCAGUCUCUCCACCACGGCUUACUGGCUGUUCCUGAAAGGAUAUGCAGACAAAAGUCAUGCAUUACAGGUGGAGCACAAGCGCCUGUACGGGCCGAUCUGGCGCUCACGGUUCGGGCCGUUUGACAUUAUAAACGUGGCGACGGCAGAGCUCAUCUCCCAGGUGAUCCGUCAGGAGGGAAGAUACCCAGUACGCACUAUGCUUCCGCACUGGAAAGAGUACUUCGAUAUGAAGGCUCAAGCGUACGGGCUCCAUGUUCACACCGGUGAGAAGUGGUACCGACUGCGUAGUGUUCUGAAUCCAAAGAUGCUCAAGUUGCAAGAAGCAUCAGCGUAUGCCCCAGUCAUUCACGACGUGGUGUCGGACCUGCUGCAGAGAGUGGAGCGAGUGCGCUUGCGCAGCCAGGACGAGAGCACCGUGUGCGACCUCUCCUCUGAACUCUACAAGUUCGGCUUUGAAGGCAUUUCUUCCAUCCUGUUUGAAACACGUUUGGGCUGUUUACAGGAGGAAAUUCCAACAGAAACACUCCGCUUUAUUGCAGCAGCUAAUAAUAUGUUAACACACUCCGAGACCGUAUUGUUUUUCCCUGGCUGGACUCGGAAAAUAUUUCCUUUCUGGAAGCAGUUCAUCCAAGCCUGGGAUGAUCUCUACGAUGUAGCACGGAACUUGAUUGACAGGAAGGUCCAUCAGAUAGAGGAGCAGGUGCAGCGUGGAGAGAAGAUCGAGGGCAUGUACCUUACAUACCUGUUAUCAAGCAAAAAGCUCUCCCUGGCAGAGAUUUAUAUCACUAUCACUGAACUGUUGCUUGGAGGAGUUGACACGACAUCGAACACCAUGUCCUGGACUUUGUAUCACCUCUCCCGUGAUCCUGAGGUGCAGAAUCGUCUCUAUCAGGAGGUGGUGUCUGUGUGUCCAGACAGACGUCUGCCUACCACAGAGGAUCUGAACAGAAUGCCGUACCUUAAAGCUGUUAUCAAGGAGACACUCAGAUUGUAUCCUGUCGUGUCUGGUAAUGGACGCUUCAUUCUGGAAAAUGAGGCUGUUGUAGGUGGUUACUGGUUCCCAAAACAGACGCAGUUCCAUCUGUGUCACUAUGCAGUGAGUCACGAUGAGAACGAGUUUCCAGAUGCUGAAGCUUUCAUUCCGGAGCGCUGGCUGAGGGGGACAUCACGUUUCCAACACCACCCGUACAGCUCCAUCCCAUUUGGAGUCGGGGUCCGGGCUUGCGUAGGGAGACGAGUGGCCGAACUGGAGAUGUACUUUGCUCUGUCUCGGCUGAUGCAGCACUAUGAGGUGUGUCCCGUGGAUGGAGCCCCCACUGUCCACCCUAAAACCAGGACUCUCCUGAUUCCAUCCAAACCUAUAAACCUGCACUUUUUCCCCCGGACCUGAAGGCAGCGCUGCUCGCCAACAGAAUAAGAAACUUUUUAGAUCUAGUUUGGAGCAGGGAAGGGGGCGUGGCUUUACCGGGUCGAGGACAGCACGUGUCCCGGCACCCAGCCCUCUGCAGCAGGCGAUUGGCUGUUGGCAGGUCGAUACACCAGACACAUGUUCUGCUGAUUGGUGGCCAGGAUUUGCACCUUCUCGCCCACCACCACGCAGAUCUCGUCCUCCUUCACGGCGUUGUAGUCCUGAGUCACCAUCACCGACGACAAGCCGUUACACUCUGCUUCGUCCAGGUCCUGCAGGUCAAAACGCGCACACGUUACCUUCAUAUAAUUUGAUAUUCUUUUGUUUCUCCAACUUCACACUGUAAAACUGUACGAAAUUAAAUGUAAUGAACGGUGCGUUUUCAUUUAAUAUUUUACUUAAGUGUAGUACUAGCUUUUUUUUUUUUUCACUUUACAUACACACAUUGAACUGGUUUUAUCGUUUGCUUUAUGUUUACUGGCAUUUCUGUACAUCAUGCUGUUGUUUCUUCCUCGUCUUAUGAUUUUUAUAAUAAUUAUAGUCCACUUGUGACUAAUCAGGACCUUGACCCAUGUCUCGCUUCCUGAAUACUUGACUGGUCUGAGCUCGGAGACGUUUUAAAAAUAAAACGUAGCUCCUCCAGUCUGCUCCUCAGUGACAGCCUGAUUUAUUGCAGCCCUAGAAAGCAGGAUAUGCCAAGACCAAGGUGCAUUAUGAAGAGAGGGAAGGAGAGAGACUGAAGACAGACGAGAGAACAGAAGGUAAACUGGGCCACUCGUGCUGCUAAGAAUAACCUUUGUAGCCAUAACAUCCAAAAGAAUACAUGCUGCAAUGGGUUGGAAUCUAAAUCACUUUUGAGCCUACAGAAUACCCAUAAUGCACUGCAUAGGGAAUAGGUACUGUAGGAGGCAGUGUUUCAGACACUGUUCUAGUUUAAGAUGGUCUAAAGAAGCAGGAAGUUGAUUGUUUUUUAGGUCUGUUUUUGUUUUUGAGAUCUUCCAAAGUGGAAAAAAAAAAAUCCACCGAAGUGCUGAGUGACGUCUAGCUUUUUCACCCUCCAGCCAAUUAGGUCACAAGCUGUCAGGCAAGUGAGAACAACCACCAUGGAGGACGAAAGUGUUUCUGAAAAAUUAUUCUUGGGCUCUGAAAAAGCAUUCGGCUAAUUAUUGCAGGAACGCAAGUUCAAAUCCCAAUAAUUCUCCAACCAUCUGUCGCCAGGAAUCUAGAGAAAAAUUGGAUGUGCUCUUUGGGUGGGAGGGGCUUAUUCUUUCUAUAGACCCCUUUCACAUGACGUCACCGCGCCGCGAGAUUUUGUUAGGCGCCAUAUUGGGAAAACCAAGUACAUGCACUCACAAUAUAAAACAAAGUACGAGCGAGAGUAAAGUGACACGAUGGAUGAUAAUUCUGGUUAUGUGAGUACAUUACCAGCUGCAGAAAGGGCACGGUAUGUGGAGAAACUGGCUGUGAUUGAUGGGUUUGACCCAUAUGAUAAGACUCGCGGCAAGGGAGAAUGGAAACAUAAGGAGGACCGGACACCAAUUCUGCCAUCUGUUUGCUACCCAGACAUUGUAAACUAUUUGUUGUUUACACCCAGUGCCUACACUCAGUGUUCGAACUAUGCCGAUAUUUUCGGGGGGGUCCCUUUUUUUCCCUUGGG